CAACUAAAAGUCCUUUCAUUCAUAUUGUUUCAGGCUUGGCCUUACACGACCUUCCCAGGGACCACCACUCAAUAAACAUCACUGCAUCGCUGGGAACGCUGAACGUGGCAGCAGAGGUGGACGGGGUGAAAGUCAAAGGUGAUGGUGAGAUGCUCAUGACUCUGUCCAGCAGCGUCCUGCCGAACCUGAACCGACAACUGCAGUUUGUCACCUACACAAACACGCUUUUCCACCCCAGCACAGCAGACACAGUGCAGUUUGAGACAGAGGGACAUCAAGCCAGCUUCAUCAUCAAGAUUCGCCAUGGUGUGACACCCAAACUGUACAACACAGGAUCCAAAGGAGAGUACAAUGUCAGUGCCCUUGUUACCAUAGCUACAAAGACUUUCCUGCGUUAUGAUAAGCUCCAAGAUCUUAUCGACAGCGUGAGAAAAUACUAUCCUACUGUCACCAUAGUAAUCGCUGAUGACAGCGAAAACCCCAAAACAAUUUCCGGGCCUUACAUCGAGCAUUACAUCAUGCCAUUUGGAAAGGGUUGGUUUGCUGGUCGAAACCUUGCCGUCUCUCAGGUGACCACGAAGUACGUCCUGUGGGUGGAUGACGACUUCAUCUUCACAGCCAGCACCAAGCUUGAGAAACUGGUGGACGUUUUAGAGAGAACCACUCUGGAUCUGGUGGGCGGUGCAGUGCGAGAGGCCACAGGUUACACUGCCACCUACAGACAGACCAUCUCUAUUGAGUCAGGGGAGGAGGAUGGUGACUGUUUACACAUGAGGAGGGGAUUUCAUCACGUCAUCCAAGGCUUCCCCAACUGUGUUGUGACUGACGGGGUCAUUAACUUCUUCCUGGCUCGCACUGACAAAGUCCAGCAGGUCGGCUUUGACCCGCGUCUCACCAGAGUAGCUCACCUGGAGUUUUUCAUUGACGGCCUGGGAUCGCUCCACGUGGGCUCUUGUGAUGAUGUCAUCGUCAACCACGCGACCAAAAUCAAACUUCCCUGGGUCAGCCAAUCAGAGAGUGACAAGACCUAUGCCAAGUACCGUUACCCACCGGCCUCCUCUGACGCCACACACACAAAAAAUGGCCUCCUCUUCUUCAAGAACCGAUUUCAGUGUUUGACUCAUAAUUAGCUCCUCUCCUCCUCGUCCCGAGGGUUCCUCUGCUCCUCCUGAGUUGCCAAAGAAGUUCUCCUCCUCCGCCUCUCAGAUUCAGAUUUUGGUUUGCCUUUUCUUAGACUUAAAUGUAGAGAAAAUGUGCCAUUAGAGCAGCAUGUUUAUUUUGUCAGUGCUAAAAAAAAGUCCUCAGUAAAAACCAAGAAUGCCCAAGCUCUCUAGAGAGAAGAGAAUCAGCUGUAGUAACAAACAUCUUGUUUACACCGACCCAGUUAAAUCACAGCAUCUUGAUUAAUUCAUGAAUUUCCGUUUGUUUUUCUGGAUUUACACCCUCAACUUGUUCUCAGAUCUCAGAGACCCAGCUUUUGAAAAUCCGACUCCUUUACACACGGUUCAUUGUCAUUUUAGGCUAAUGUAAGGUACAUGUGUCUUCCUCCAAUUUGCACUAUCACCAAAAAGAAAAGCUUCGAAAAGUUAUAGUGCCGUCUGAGAGCCCGAGGACAAGAGGGAACUUCCCAGAGAGUGACAAUCCUGCAGACACAGAGUGUGCUGUAGGUAUCCUUUCCACCAACGCCACAUGAAGAACACAACUUGUGGUACCUGCCUGCGCUCUGUGACUGACUGGUCGUGCCAAAGGUUCGGCUGCUGGCUUUUGGGUGUUUUUUAUUUCUUUGUGUUAUG